AUGUUGACCUUAUGGAAUUUAUUUGAAGCCUCACUGCUUUGCUUGAAUGCAGUCUGUGUACUACACGAAGAAAGAUUUAUGCAAAAAAUGGGCUGGGGAGCUACUGGUCAAAACCAAGGAUUUGAGGACCAGUCAUCAGUUAAAUUCCAGAUUCUAAAUUUAGUCAGAUCCAUCAGAACAGUCACUAGAAUUCCCCUGAUCAUUCUCAACAUAUUAACGAUAAUAUUCAAAUUAUUAUUAGGGUAA